AUGUCGAGCCUUCUUGCGCGCAGAGCCGCGGGCCGCCUGGCAGUGGCAGCUCGAUCCACCGGACUGGGGUGUCCUGGUCGACUCGCGGCAGCUUCACCAGCUUCAUGGACAGCUGUAUACCACAGACAGAGACGCAGCUACACCUCGUCUCGCUACCAGCCUCACCUCUCGACCCGCUCGACCGUCGUCCAGCUGCUCAGCAACAUCGGCUCCAAGCGCGAGGUCCAGCAGUACCUCUCCCACUUCACCUCCGUCUCCUCGCAGCAGUUCGCAGUCAUCAAGGUCGGCGGAGCCAUCAUAACAGAACACCUGCAGACGCUCUCCUCGGCCCUCGCCUUCCUCAACCAUGUUGGCCUAUACCCGAUCGUGGUGCAUGGGGCCGGACCCCAGCUGAACAAGAUGCUGGAGGACGCCGGCGUGGAGCCGCAGUUUGAAGACGGCAUUCGAGUCACGGACGGCAAGACGCUCGCCCUGGCUAGGUCGCUCUUCAUGGAAGAGAACCUCAAGCUUGUCGAGGAGCUCGAGCGGUUGGGCGUCAGAGCUAGGCCGUUGACGACGGGUGUCUUCUCGGCAGACUACCUGGACAAAGACAAGUAUAACCUUGUCGGCAAGAUCAAUGGAGUCAACAAGAAACCCAUCGAGGCCGCAAUUGAAGCCGGAUGUCUACCCAUCCUGACUUCUAUGGCCGAGACGCCCGAGGGACAAGUCCUCAACGUCAAUGCGGAUGUUGCUGCCGGUGAGCUUGCCAGGGAACUUCAGCCGCUCAAGAUAGUCUACCUAGCUGAGAAGGGCGGUCUGUUCAACGGAGAUACGGGAGAGAAGAUCUCGGCUAUCAACCUGGACGAAGAGUACGACCAUCUCAUGAAGCAGUGGUGGGUUCGCCACGGCACCCGUCUCAAGAUCAAGGAGAUGAAGGAGCUGCUCAUGGACCUGCCCCGGACCUCGAGUGUGGCCAUCAUCCACCCUGCGGACUUGCAGAAGGAGCUCUUCACCGAUACCGGUGCCGGAACCCUGAUCAGACGAGGCAACAAGGUGCGCACGAAGAACAGCAUCGACGAGUUCGAGGACGUCGAGGCUCUGAAGAACGCUCUUGUCCGUGGUAAGGAGGCAUUGGAUGCCAGGGCUACCGUCGACAGAUACGUUGAUUCGCUCAGGGGCAAGGAGAUCAAGGCUUACUCGGACGAGCCCCUGGAGGCAUUGGCUAUUGUUAUGCCUCCCAAGCCCGGUUCUACGCUCGCUCACCUGGCUACCAUGUCCAUCACCAAGACCGGGUGGCUAACUCACGUUGCUGACAACGUCUUCACCAGCAUCCAAAAGGACUUCCCAAAGCUCACUUGGACCGUCAAGGAAGACGACGAGAACUUGUCUUGGUUCUUUGACAAGGCUGACGGUAGCCUGUGUCGGGAUGGCGAGGUGCUUUUCUGGUCUGGUGUCCAGGAGCCAGACGAGGUCAAGAACCUUGUCGUCGAGUUCAGCAAGAAUGGUCGUGACAUGCUCGGCAAUCUCAGCAUGGGCUCCUCCACGAAGAGCAACCCUUCAGCUUCCACGCCCCUACAGCAGAAACGAGCAUUCUCAACAGCCAGCACUGCCUCUGCUCUCCGGUCUUUCAGACAGCAGCAACCAUAUACCCGCUCCAGCCUCUCCUCCAAACGAUCAUACACCACCCAGACCAACCCAAACCCGCCCCUGGGCAAGAAAAAUGCAUCCAACACCAAGCCGUCCAAGGUCGCCCUGAUCGGUGCUCGCGGAUACACUGGACAGGCUCUGAUCAGCCUCCUCAGCGCCCACCCGCACCUAGACCUAGCACACGUCUCAUCCCGUGAACUGGCCGGAAAACCACUACAGGGCUACAGCAAGCGCGAAAUCAUCUACGAAAACCUCAGCCCGGAGGACGUCAAGCGCAUGGCUGAACAAGGCGACGUCGACUGCUGGGUCAUGGCCAUGCCGAACGGUGUAUGCAAACCGUUCGUUGACGCCGUUGACUCCGUCGACAAGGAGAAAGCCGUCAUCGUUGACCUCAGCGCAGACUAUAGGUUUGAUAGUUCCUGGACCUACGGUCUCCCAGAGCUAAUUAACCGCUCUGCCAUCGCAAAGGCAACGCGUAUCUCUAACCCUGGAUGCUACGCUACCGCCGCACAAGUCGGUAUCGCCCCCUUGGUACCGUACCUCGGCGGCCAGCCUACCGUAUUCGGUGUAUCGGGCUACUCCGGCGCAGGAACAAAGCCCAGUCUAAAGAACGAUGUGAACUAUUUGACCAACAAUAUCGUUCCCUAUAGUCUUACGGAUCACAUCCACGAGAAGGAAAUCGGGUCUCAGCUCGGUGCUGAAGUUGCUUUUAUUCCUCAUGUUGCCGUUUGGUUCCAGGGCAUUCACCACACCAUCAACAUCCCUCUGAAAGAGGCCAUGGCGUCCCGUGACAUCCGCAACUUAUACCAGGAUCGCUACGCAGGUGAGAAACUCGUCAAGGUCGUAGGCGAGGCGCCGCUGGUCAAAAACAUCUCUGGCCGCCAUGGUAUCGAAGUCGGUGGUUUUGCCGUCCAUUCAAGCGGGAAGCGAGUCAUUGUCUGCGCUACCAUCGACAACCUCCUCAAGGGCGCUGCAACUCAAUGUCUACAGAACAUGAACCUCGCUCUAGGAUACUCAGAGUACGAAGGCAUACCCCUGGACACGAGCAGUUAA